UGUGGCCCGUUCAUGAGGCUCAUCGGACUGACCACUAGGUGGCGGUGUGAUCAGAGCUCAUGUGAUGGGGAACCUGUGAGGGCUCUUCCGGGUUUACAGGAGAGGAGGAUGCUGGAAGUUGUUGGAAACAUAUUUGUAAUGGCGACAGGACGGGGUUGGAUUCUCCAGCAACACAAUGAACAUAAGCAUGACCCAAAACGCAGACCUAGACCAGCAUCCUCAAAGUCAUCUGAAGCUCAGGCUUGGGAAAGACAGCCAAUCCACAAUAAUGCUUUAAAAGGAGUCUCAACAAAAGUAAAUUCUGUUCGAAACAGAUAUGGGAAGAAUUUAAACAUAUUUACAAAAUUAUGCAGCAAUCAUACUUCAUACAUAGAGAAGAUUCCUGUUGCAAUUCUCCUUAAAAUGUUCUCAUAUUUAGACCCUGUAUCUCUGAUGUCUGCUGGCUGUGUCAGUAAGCAAUUCUACGAACUUUCCAAUGACAAUGUUUUGUGGUAUAAAGUUUACAGUUUACAUAUGAAAAAAAAUAUGCGUUGGAAAUCUGAUUCUAUAAAUUCAGCUGGGAAAAGAUUACAUUUCACUACAAUUGCAGACAAAGAGCCUGGCUAUUGGAAGAAGACUUAUAUCAGUGAAUUAAUAACUGGAACAGAGAAAAGAAUGAAUCAGAUUUUGAAAUGUGCAAAAAAGUACAAUGCAUUUGGUGCGCCAGCUAAUAUGGAAAAGGCAGUAAAAAUGUCUGGAUUGAUUUGGGCCCUUACUUUCAAAGAUAUUAAUGGGAAAGAAACAAUAAUUGAGCAGUCUGAUAUUACUUUUAGAGAUACCUCCCUUACAAUAUAUUGGAAUAGUUACAUUUGGCCUGGCUUUCAAAGGCUUAUCACACUUCAGCUCCAUGGAGUUACACAGAUUCAGACUGAUUGUUUGCGUACUCCUAAAAAUGGGCUUCAAAGGCAUUCACUCAUCGCUGAGUACAACUUGAAGGAUUUCAAAAGAUCCAGCAGAUUCAUAGGACAUGACUCGCUUAUAAAACUCUUUUAUCUUGAUCCUGGCCUAAUAGUUGGCCUAUGGAAGACGACUCCUGAUAUAGCCUUUGUGAAGGUGACGCUACAUUAUCACCAGCUGCUUGAAAAGAGUUUUUGGGGAACAGCAAAAAGCCCUUAUUUAUUCCCACCUCAUGUUCCAGUCCUGGAUGAUAUUGAUCCAGAAUAUGGGCUUCAUGGCUACCAACUCCAUAUUGAUAUGUAUAGUGGGCCAAAAACAUACUUUUGUACCACCUUCCGUGGUUUGAGUUCUCGAAAAGAUUACAUAAGAAAUGGUAAUGUGAGAAUUACAGCCAUAGGUUUUAAAAACAACAGACAACAUGCCCCUCUUGUGGGCAAAGUGGAUUUUAUGUGGGAGACCAUCACAUUUAGUGGCAGUAUACAGAACUGUUUCAUGAUGGAUGUCACUGUUUUGGAUGACUUAGAAGCUCCAUACUGGUGCUUCUGUGCUCCAGUACAGCUACAAGAAAGCAAACACUCAGAGACCCUUUAUGACUUCAUGGGACAAAGCUUUUACUUGGAAUACAAAGACUCAGUAGGAAAGCUGCAUGCUGAACUUAACUGGAUGAAUGAGACAGAGGAGUAUGUCAUAAUAAACUUGGUCUUGCUUUUAAACACAGAAAAGGUGAACAGCUACUUUGGAACACACUACACAGAUUCACUUACAUGAACCUGAAAACUACUGAAAAGAUCGUCUCAAGUAUUUAACUGCCGGUGUUUCCAAAGAAGAAAAUACAAGUUUUACUGACACUUUGUAGUUUAUUUUUACUGUACUUGAAGUAUAUCUAUACUGUAUAAGAUCCAAGUUUAUGUGCAUCAUUGUUAAUUAGAAAUGAGAAAAUAUUAGGGGUAAAUGUAAUGGGCCUAGAAUUUUUUUUUUCGCAUGCAGUAUUAUUAUAUUAUUGGUUAUAGCAAGAUUUCUUUCAUUCUCUGCAAUUUUGUAGAACAGCAGAUGUAGUGAAGUUCAAAAUGAUAGUGCCUAUGGCAUCCGUUUGACAUUCUUCUGAGAUCAUUCAGAAUUCAAUGACACCUGCAGUUGACUCUUGUAUUUGAUCUACUUCAUACCCCUCUUGCAAAAGUGAGGGCAAUACUUUUUUUUUUUUUUUUCCAUCAUUGAGGAGAUUUCCCUUCAACUGCUGUCCCAUAGCCACAACAAGGAGUGUGAGAAAAUCUCUCCAAAGUGAAGGCAAUCCCUGAUAAUUACCAGGUUAAUUAAAGUGAGUACCCCUAUUGGAAGAUUUGCCUAUAUUGCUGUUCUGAUGAUUUCUCAAAAUUUGGAAGUUUCUUUCAGUUUCCACAAUGACAGUCAACAGAGUGAAUCUCUAUAGCAGAGACAUAGACAGCAAUAACAAUCAGAAAGGUGUUCUAAUCCCUCUUCUUGAUUGUUUGUGUCUCAUCACUAGUUUUCAAUAUUUAGGUGUAGAUCGCUGUAAA